AUGGUGAAACACCUGCCUACCAUCCAUGAGGCCCUAGGUUCAAUUCCCAGCCCUGAACAACAGGCAGUAUAUGCAAACCCCUUGAAUUCUCUACAGUCUUGGCCUAGAAACCAGUGUAAAUGCUUACCAGAGUCAUCAAUCCUGUAUCCUAUACCUGCCGGACAAUCCAAAGCAAGUAAGGAGAAAGUCUCUACUCCAUUUACAGGUCAAAAUGAAAGGAGAGCUAAGAAGUCCAUGCAUUCCACAGACCACUCAGCAGAUUCUAUUGAAAACGGGAGGAAAUAUCAUCCAUGGGUAAACAAUUUGAUUACAAAAGAAAAGAAGUCAGACAGAGAUAAGCAAGCAAGAACACCUUGUCCAGUAAACCAGAACGUCUUUCUUCCCUUGCACAUUGAGGAUGUACUGAAAAAUCCCGAAAUCAAGAUAAUUGACCUUGGUCCAACAGACAGAGUGCUUUAUUUUAUGGAAGAAAGCCAUACAAAUCCGAUAAUUUUCCAUGACACAGCAUAUAUAGAAAUGUUGUUCCUGGCAAAAAGGUUCACCCCCUAUAUGAUGACAUAUACAACAAAGAAUGUUGUUCUAGAAAAAAACUUGGAAAUGUUGAAAGAGUUAUUUAAUAAUCAAUCCUCAUAUGUUUCUAAUCCUCAAAGCCCUAAGCCUGUAUCGAAGUACAAAGAUUUGCUCAUCUUCUCUUCUCAACUGGUGCAAGAGAGAAUAAAUGAGAAACGAAAGAAGAAACAGGACAGUCUAGUUUCCAAAAACAGAUGCCCGAGCACACUUUAUAACUUAUCCCGAACUUUGUCCAGCAUAACCAAAAAAUUUGUGGGUUACUUUGAUAAAGAUGCUACUCAAGAAAAGAGUGAUGAGAUAGAUGAAUUUGAAAGAACAUUUUCCAAAACAAAGCCAUCAGCCACACGCAAAUUAACUACCUUACCCAUCAAGAGUGACUCAAAGCCUCUGAAAAAUAUAUUUGAAAUACGUAAACUAAACAACAUAACCCCACUAGAUAACCUGGUAAGCUGGAAAGCCAAUGACCCAAAGAAUCGUAUACACAUAAAUAUUUAAAAGCAAGAAGAACUGAGUUCCAAGAUCAUAGAAGAAAUUCUUAAGUGAUUAUUAAUGUUCUGAUGGAUGAAGUACACAAUCAGCAGUGGUCUGUUUGAGAUCAUUCAACAUUCUUAGCUAGCAUAAGGAUGGAAUUAGGGAAUUAGCAACAACAGAGAUUUAUUUAUGACUUAGUUUUGGUUGUGAGCCUAGCUUUUAAUGGUUUAGCCAUCUUUCUAGCCCAUUCUUGGCUUAUCUCACUUAUACUCAUCAGACAUCCCUGUUGGCUACAAGACAUUCUCAUUCAGUACCAACUAUGGUGUACAUAGAUGAAAAAGUUGCUGUUGGAAGCCAGAAAACAUCAACAAAAAAUGAUUGACUAUCAAGACAGAUGAACCAUUGAUUUAUUGAAAUUCGAGUCAAUAGUAGAUCAGCAUUUUAGAGACUCUUGG